UCAAUCAUUUGGUUACUCAAAGCUGAGUGGAUACAUGGCGUCCAUAAAUUUGCAUGAUGACAUGCUGUAAUGGAAACGUUACCAUUCAAACUAUGGUUAGGAUCAGGAAGUGGUGUGUUCAGGACAGGUCCACUGGACGCAUCUGGAACAGGAGGAAAGGCGAGAUUAAGAGGGUUGAGGUAAGGCGAGGAAAACAGGAGUCUCUGUGAUGGCCUUGGCUCUGAUUACUGGAAGUCAGGUUAUAAGUGACCUCCUGACGAUCCGUGAGAAAGGCAUCCUCAUCGGUCUGCUGGAGCCGCAGUGUAAGCUGAUGAAAUCUACAGUAGCACAGAUACUAAAGGCCAUAAGUACCCCAGGGGAGAGGCCAAGCUGGAGUCGCUUAGAAUGCGGUGUGGUGUGUCUCAUUGAGGAUUCGUCCAUGCAUUCCUAUUUCCUGCACUUAUACUGCGUCAAGCGUGCCAAGUUACUGUGGGAGCAGGAAAUGUACAUUCCAUUCAAGUACACUGCAGCGCGUGCUUUCUUCCAUACUUUCCCCGCAGAUGACUACCAGGUAGGCAUCAACUUUGCAAAUGAGACUGAGGCAGAAGAGUUUCAUCAUACCGUGGAGGCUGCCUGUGAAAAGAUGACCAGCAUGAUUGAAAUGACAGCAGUGGGCAGUUCAACGAGGAAACUGCCUGCUGAUGAUUUGGGAAUUGAACCAUUGCACAGUUUGAAUGGGGAGAAAGAUCUCCCUAUGGACACAUCUUCCACGGCAGCUCCUCCAGCUUCAAGUUCUUUUAAGGAUCUUGACCCGGCUAUGAGGAGACUGUUGAUGCAGGCCAAACUCACAGAAGAAGACUUGAAAGGCAAAGACAUUGCCGAAGCUGUUGACUGCAUCAUCAACAAGUUUGGAGGGCUGAAGGCUGUGCAGAGAGAGCUGAGAAACAGAGGCCCAAUCUCUCAGACACUGCCUAGAUCUGCAGGGGCUUCCAUCUAUCUGAAGAAGGGCCCGUUGCCACCAGUCCCUUCCAUCAAAGACAGCAACACUUUUCAACAAACACCAAAGGACAUGGACACGGUAGACAAGAGUCAGACAAACACUCCGAUUCCUUUCCCUCCACCUCCCCCUCUGCCAGCUCCUGCAGAGAGGUUCAGAAAGAGUGCAAGUUUCAAAAAUGCUGGCUCCCGAAAAUCAACAGAGACAGGCGACUUAAUCCUGGCUGCACUGAGAGAAGCGUUCAAAGAAAAACGGAUGCUUCAGCAAAGCAACAGGGAAGAUAGAGAACCUACUGCUACUAUUCCUAAUACUAACCAAUGAUGGACUCCUUUAAGAAAUCUUGGAAGUCAGCUUGUACUGUAAAUGUAGUUAAAGAUGCAGCUUUUUGGCUUUGAUUGUCAAACAAAGCAGUGGUCAGAUUAAAUUGCCAUAAGGCAAUGUGGUAAAAUGAAAAGCCACAUUGUGCAUUUAAAAAAAAUCUAAAAUGCCAUCAUAUCAGUACAGUAUGCUAAGUCUUAGUUUAGAGUCAUAGAUGUCACUAAAUUAGAUAACGAAGGGCCAGAUUUUCACUUCCCAACGUAAAUCCCAGCUUCCUUAAAUGUACCCUACAGCAAUAUAAAGAUAAAUGAAGAAACAGAUGAACUUUUAACUACUCUUUUGGUUUAGUUUCUUUUCUGGAAA